GGCGAGCGAGGGAGCGAGCGCACGGCCAUGGCCCCGUGGCUGCAGCUCUGCUCGUUCUUCUUCACUGUCAACGCGUGUCUCAACGGCUCGCGGCUGGCGGUGGCGGCGGGCGGCUCGGGCCGCGCCAGGGGCGGCGACACCUGCGGCUGGAGGGGAAUGGGUCCGGCCAGCAGAAAUAGUGGGCUGCACAACAUCACCUUCAGAUACGACAACUGUACCAGCUACUUGAAUCUGGUGGGGAAGCACGUGAUCGCCGAUGCACAGAACAUCACAAUCAGCCAGUACGCCUGCCAUGACCAAGUGGCAGUCACCAUCCUUUGGUCCACAGGGGCCCUUGGCAUUGAAUUCUUGAAAGGAUUUCGAGUGAUACUGGAGGAGCUGAAGUCGGAGGGAAGACAGUGCCAACAGCUGAUUCUAAAGGACCCAAAGCAGCUCAACAGUAGCUUCAAAGGAACUGGAAUGGAAUCUCAGCCUUUCUUGAAUAUGAAAUUUGAAACGGAUUACUUUGUAAAGAUUGUCCCUUUCCCUUCCAUUAAAAAUGAAAGCAGUUACCAUCCUUUCUUCUUCAGAACCAGGGCCUGUGACCUGUUGUUACAACCAGACAACUUGGCCUGUAAACCCUUCUGGAAGCCCCGGAACCUGAACGUCACCCAGUAUGGUUCAGACCUACAGGUGUCCUUUGACCAUCCACCUGACCGCUUUGGCUUCCGUUUCUUCUGUCUUCAUUACAAGCUCAAACAUGAAGUCCCCUUCAAGAGAAAGACUUGCAAGCAGGAGCAAAAUACAGAGACAACCAGCUGCCUCCUUCAAAAUGUUUCUCCAGGGGAUUAUAUAAUUGAGCUGGUGGAUGACACUAAUACAACCAGAAAAGUGAUGAAUUAUGUCUUAAAGCCAGUGCACUCCCCGUGGGCUGGGCCUAUCAGGGCCGUGGCCAUCACUGUGCCUCUGGUUGUCAUAUCUGCAUUUGCAACGCUCUUCACUGUGAUGUGCCGCAAGAAGCAACAAGACAACAUAUACUCACAUUUAGAUGAAGAGAGCUCCGAGUCCUCCACGUGCGCUGCAGCACUCCCCAGAGAAAGGCUCCGCCCACGGCCCAAGGUCUUCCUCUGCUACUCCAGUAAAGACGGCCAGAAUCACUUGAACGUGGUCCAGUGUUUCGCCUACUUCCUCCAGGAUUUCUGCGGCUGCGAGGUGGCUCUGGACCUGUGGGAAGACCUCAGCCUCUGCCGUGAAGGGCAGAGAGAAUGGGUCAUUCAGAAGAUCCACGAGUCCCAGUUCAUCAUUGUGGUGUGUUCCAAAGGCAUGAAGUACUUUGUGGACAAGAAGAACUACAAAGUCAGAGGUGGCAGCCGGGGCUCGGGGAAAGGGGAGCUCUUCCUGGUUGCCGUGUCGGCCAUCGCCGAAAAGCUCCGCCAGGCCAAGCAGAAUUCAUCUGCUGCACUCAGCAAGUUCAUCGCUGUCUACUUUGAUUAUUCCUGUGAGGGAGAUGUCCCUUGCAUCCUGGACCUGAGCACCAAAUACAAACUCAUGGACAACCUUCCUCAGCUCUGUUCCCACCUGCACUCUGGAGACCACACCUUCCAGGAGCAGGGCCAGCACCCAGGACAUGCCAGUAGAAGGAACUACUUCCGGAGCAAGUCGGGCCGCUCCCUGUACGUUGCCAUCUGCAACAUGCACCAGUUUAUCGAUGAGGAGCCUGACUGGUUCGAGAAGCAGUUUGUACUUUUCCAUCCUCCUGCACUGCGCUACCGGGAGCCAGUCCUGGAGAAGUUUGACUCAGGCUUGGUUUUAAAUGAUGUCAUCUCUAAACCGGGGCCUGAGGGUGAUUUCUGCCUAAAGGCUGAGGCUACUGUUCUCGGUGCCACUGGGCCAGCUGACUCAUACUCACAACCAGAGAGUCAGCACGAGGGCCUGGACCAAGAUACCGAUGCCCAGCCCACCCUGCAGCCCUUGUUGCAUGUGGUAAAAGCUGGUAGCCCUUCUGACAUGCCCCGGGACUCAGGCAUCUAUGACUCCUCCGUGCCCUCAUCGGAGCUCUCUCUGCCUCUCAUGGAAGGACUCUCCCCAGACCAGACAGAAACAUCUUCCCUGACAGAGAGUGUGUCCUCCUCCUCUGGCCUAGGUGAGGAGGACCCUCCUACCCUUCCUACCAAGCUUCUUACCUCUGAGGUGUGCAAAAGAGAAGUUGGUUGCCACAGCUACGCUGAUGCACUUCACACGGUUGCCCCUUUGUAACAAAAUGGAAGACUCUAAGCAUUGCCACUUUAGCUGCCACCUCUCUCUGGGUCUCCAGCUGCUCUGUGGGUGCGUGGUCCACUUGGAGCUGUGGACUCCUACACGGAUACUGGGAGUGAAAUUCUGGCCAGUACUUAACUCCUCUCUGCUCCAGCCUUUUUACCAGUACCAGACACUUUGGCAAAGUCUCUGGUUUGCUGAAACCAUAUGGAGCUUGGGAAGGCAGAUCAUAGGAUCUGACAACAGUCAACUAGUCAUUGGACCAUAGCCUGUUCUGGGAGCUAGGGAGCAAACAGGUAAAGAGAAACAGGAAAGCCCGUCUCCCCCGCACUCCAUCCAGGCUUCACUGAGCUCUGCAGACUUGCCUGUUCACUUUUGGCUACUAAGUGGAAAGAAAGAAAAAGGACAUCCUGAUCAUUCCAUCUGAAAUAGGUUGGCUGAUGUGCAGAAGAUGCCAGAACCUUGGCACUCAAGAGUUUCCUGGGUCUGAGUAGCUGUUGUGUGGGGACAGCAGCCACCUGUUGGGAGUCCCCAGGUCACAAUGCUCAGGUGGUGGUCUCUGCAGACAGAGGCUGUUACCCAGCUGGGCCUUACCCUUGGAUGUUACAGCGUGUGCUUCGGGCUGGCCUAACUCUGUACCCUGAGUAUUAGGGUUCAACAUUCACUGAGGUGGCGGCCAGUUCAUCUGCUGAACUGGUUCUGACUAGUGACAAACCCCUUUUUCUGAAGGCAGAAAAGGGGAUUGUCAUAAAAGUUAACUGUUCUAUUUUUAUCAAUGACUUUUCUACAGAACUUCUGUUUCCAAAGGGAAAACAUUUGUUGAUGUGUUCGUCCAUUCUGUGAAAACCCUCGUAUUCCCCAUGUCCUGGAACACCCAGUGUGAGCAUAUUUCUUGAUUGUUUUCAUGGAUGCCAUUGGAGUUUGACAGCCUGUUUCCUUGGCAUUCAGCCUAGAACCAAGGUUUCUUACCCCUUCACCAGUUAGGGCCAAUAUCAAGGGGAUGUGGGAAAGAUCCCAAGGUGGAGCAGGAGGUGGGAGGAGGCAGGGCUUUCUCUCCUAAGCAUGUGCUUGGCAGGUGGGGAAGGGAGGCGUGUGUGUAUUUUGGAUUCGAAUGUCUUUCUCCCUGCUCUGUCUAGGCAGCUGGCAGCUUCUUGGGAGAAUGUGCUAGACUGUCCUCUGGCAUCGGAUUUCCUGCAGCUGCUCUGAGGGAGAGACAGUAAGCCGUAGACUGUCUCACCAUAAAGCCAGAGUUGUUCCAUGUUGUCACCAUGAAAUCCAAGAUGAGCCCAGAGCUCCUGUCUCACAGACCUGCUCUGCUGUUUCAUCCGUGUCACGCAUUCUGUGAGGGAGAGUGGGCGGCCCAAGUUGCCAACGGAUGAAAAUUCACUGGGAACAUUAUCAGAGAGUUUUGGUUUUUAAACUGAGGCCAAGAGAUACCAGGAGCUUUUUUUUUUUUUUUUUUUUUUUUUUUUUUUUUUUUUUUUGAAUAGAUACUCAGUUUUGUAUGUAGAAUGAGCCAUCUCUGGGAAAGUGCCCUAGGGACACCAUCAGAGUGGGGUGGGCAGGCUUAGCAUUAGCUGGUUCACAGGCUUGAGACAGCUCACCACCACCACAGAGACUUGUUAGGAAAUGGACAAGAAACCAGCAUGUACUAGUCAAAAUCAGGUGAUAUUUUAGUGUGAAUUUAGGAUUUGUGUGCCUUUAUUUUGAAAUAUUAAUGUUUCUGAUCAACAAACUCUAAACAUGCUAAGUAAUGAAACACCAGUAUGAUUACUUAACUCAGAACAGACCAAUAGGUUGAUAAUGAUGUGAAACUUCACUGCCCCAUCUCCCCUGCCCACAUCAAGAUGGGAAUGGGAAAAUACGUCUUGCAGGUUAAGGUGAAACAUCCGUUUUGAGCAGAGGUGCAUCUCUUUGCUCCCAGGCUGUCCCAUACCGUGGUGAUGUUCAGAUGGAAUUCAGAGAAAGGUUCUGCCAAGCAGCGGGCUUUUUGGUGAUGUGGGGAAGCGAGCAGGUCAUAGGGGUGCUCUCAGCGGAAGGUCUGGACCUGAGAGUGAAAGGUGUGUGGAUAGUUUAGGCAGUAUCCCUUGGAAAGGGAACCAGGGCUGUGGCCAGCGUUGUAGGAAACCAAGAAGACUGAAGGUGGGAGCUCACUGUCCAUGUGCAUUCACUGCUGUCCCACGAGUGCCUCUGAUGUGGUCAGUUACAACCCAGGUAGAGGGCGUCCUUCUCUGAGCAGAUGGCUACAGGUGACACUGACCAAGUGGGUGCAGAGGCUCCUUCAGGGGCCCAGAAUAGGUCUUUGAGGAACAUACAUCUCCAGAAUGAGCCAGAAGUCGUUCUAGAACCAGGCAAAUAUAUUUAAAAAAAUUUUUUUUUUAAAAAGAAGACCAUGAACCCUAACCAUCUCAACACAAAUUUGGCUUUUGUUUAAAGGGAGGAAACCAUUCUACCUCUGUUGGAAUGAUUGGGUCAUGAGAAAGGGAAGGUUUCUGUUGGUGUUUUUUUGGGGGGGGGAUGUGGUCAGGGGAGACAAAGCCUCAUGGAGUCCAGGCUACUCACCAAUCUGCUAUGACCUUGCACUUCAGAUCCUCCUGCCUCUGUCUCCUGAGUGCGGGACUACAGGCAUGCCCCACCAUACUGGGUAAAUGUGAUGCUGGGAAUCAAACCCAGGGCUUCAUGUACAUGAUGGAGAUGCUUUGCCCAAUCCCUCCAGUCUUUCCGUUGUUGUUCAGCAAUCCUCCAGAGGGCACCAGUGUGCCCAAGUCUAAGGAAAACAUCUGUGUUCCUGUUAAUGGCAGUGGCAAACCUUCCUCAUGUAUCAGAGAGACAGUAGGGCAGCUGAAGAACUGGUCCAUUCCACAGGGGUCACAAUACUCCCCAUCUUCCUGUGGCCCAGAAAAGCUGGAGAUUGCUGAUUUUGUUUUUUGUUUUUUGAGGUAGGGUCUCACUCUAGCCCAGGCUGACCUAGAAGUCACUGUGCAUUCUCAGGGUGGCCUUGAAAUCAUGGCGAUCCUCCUACCUCUACCUCCCAAGUGCUGGGAUUAAAGGCUUACGCCACCACAUCUGGCUGUGAUUUUUAAAAUAAUUGACAACAAAUAUUGGCAACAGAACUAAAAAGAAAUUACUAACAUGAAUUCAGAACCAGCACAUGGAUGGACCAAAUCUGCCUGUCCACUGGCUGUCAGUUUGUGACUUUUGCUUUGUAAGACUUGAAAAUAAAACCACCCACUUGAUUACAAAUGUCAGGGGCCACCAGGACAAUCUGCUGCUAACCUACUCUCCUUCAAGAAACCUGAGGUGACCCUGGUUUUGCUGUCACUGUUUCUUAAAACAGGAUUCCAUAUACCCAGGCUGGCCUCAUACUUUAUACUUAGUUGUGGCUGGCCUUAAACUCCUGAUUCUCCUGCCUCCACCUUCCAAGUGCUGGAAUUAAAGGAAUGUACUACCACAUCGAGCAUCUAUGUGAUUCUGAAUGUAUUUCAGAUGUUUUGUUUGUCAGCUAUUAAUUUCAAGUUUAGGUUUAUAUCCUCCCAAAUUCAAAGACAUGUUGAUUGUAAUAAUUUCAUUUAAACUCCACAACUGGGACUAGAGAGAUGACUCAGCCAUUAAGGACACUUGCUUGUUACAGGCUCAAAUCUCCAGUCCUCAGAUAAAGUCAGUACUGCAUGCAUUCUGGAGUUUGGUUGUGCUGGCAGGAUGCCCUGGUAUGCCCAUUUCUCUCUCCUUGAGGAAAAAAAAAAAGCAAACCAUCACAACUGUUGGGAUCUUACUUGUAGUUUAGCUGUAGAUGUAAUUGUGUUUUAUGUGGUAUUUUUAUGAGCUUAGGCUACGGCAUAAUUGAAAUUAUGUGGAAAAUAAAGCAGUCCAUUGGAAUCCCCUUACACCAGGCAUUGGCAUUCCCCUAUCUCCUGUGAUGGGAACUGACCGCCUGGUGGUUCAAGGCAGGGGUGGAGAAAAGCUUUUCCUGGUGCUGAGACAGGAGCCCAUGGUUGUCAGGUCACAUUUGCUAUAUCGUCUCCUCUCCAGGUGCAGGGCAAAAGUAAACUGAAGCAAAUGUGACUGGAAGCCAUUAGCUUUGAUUCCAAUUUCAGAAGUUGGGGAGUUAGGAGAAGCUGAGAUCAUCUAGCAUGUUCCUAUUCCAGACAUAUGGCUGUGUCUGCGACCCUGGAUUCUCGGCAAAGGAGAUUCUGUUACCUCUCUGCUGAUCUGAUAGUUCUUUGUGUCUCCUUUGUAGAAACUCAAACCAGCUUGCUUUUAUUGAGGGUGUAGGGGAGGAAGAACCACUGGUCAUCUUCCCUGUAUUGCAACCUGCAGCGAAGUCAUGUUGCUUUUCAGUGGCAAAUAAUCCCACCCACUUACGCUAUUCUUCACAGCUCUUGUUUCUAGGUGCUUAAUAAUUUUCACCACUCUUGUGUUUUCCAGCUUCAUACUCAGUUUUGUUACCCAAACACCGUCAGUGCCUUGUGUUAGCCAUGCUUGGGGGAGAGGAUUACAGGAAACUUUGUAGGGCCCGGCUGUAUUCACCACAUAAACAUAAUGAUGCUUACAAAAGAAAGAAAAACAACUGGUGUAUUGCAUCCUGAGAGUGCUUGGACUGCCGGUGUGUUUUUCUCUUGCCUCUUGUGGUUUGUUUUCUCCUGAGGAUAAACACUUGAUACUUAUCAACUUCAGGACCAGCUCUUACCUUCUGAGUGGCAGCUACUGUACAUUCCUAACUUUGGGUUCUAAUGUUACCUAUUUCUAGGCUUUAUUUUGAUUCUCAGUAUUAUUAAGUGGUGCAACACUUGCAAGGUGAUGCCAGUGGUUGCUAAGUACCACCUCCUCAUUAGGGGCUAAUUUGCAAGCACAUUUGAAUUCCUCCAGGAAGGACUUCUGGGAAUAUUGGCCAAUUGUCUUUUAUCCUGCUCUUUGGUUUGUCCUUGAAAUUCAGCUGGGGCCAGAAACACCUCCAGGGCCCCUUCCUGUGUCCUCAAGGGCUGGACCUGCAUCUCCAUCUCCCGUCAACCAGGCACUGUGUUUCACACAAUCAGACAGAAGCAAUCCAUCUCAAAUGCAUAGCUGAUAUUUAUAUAAAAUGUUAAGAUUGCCAUUGUACUACACAUAAGGUGCUCAUCUGUUUUAAGAACUCGAUUAGCGUCUUCUCAAGAAGCGUGGCAAGUUUGAACAGCAGUCAGAGCUUAUGAAUAUGUUCAUCUAGACUAAUCGACUUUCAUUAUUUUUUUAAAAGAAGUUUUCACUAUGGAAGCUCCCUGUUUCUCCGUCCCCAGGAGAAAGGCUUGUGGGACUGGACCAAUAGUGAGCGCUGACAGGACUGUAGUGUGCUGUAUGUUUAUACUGAAGAUGUUAAUGACACAUUUGAUCUGUACAAAACCCUGUAAAUAGGUGGUUCAUAGGCCACAGCUGAUAUUUGCAAGAUGUUUUUGUACCUUAGAAAUUUUUAUGCAUCAAAUAAAAUGUUUCAUUUUCAGA